AUGGACAAAUUUCUGAGUGUAUUUAGGGCGUAUUCACCGGAGCGUCCACUGCGCCCUCUGCUGUUAGCGACCGGAGCUGCAGCCGCGGCAGCCGGUAUUUACUAUUUAGUUAAAUGGACCGAUGGAAACAAAACGACAGCGAACCCCGAGGACACAAGCGACCCCGGAGACCCAGUGUGCAAUGGAGCCACAGAACCGGCUCUGGUCCGACUCACAGAGGUUGUUCAGGACCAGAUGAAGGAGUGUGAGAGAGAGCAGGAGGCUCACAGCCGUCUACAGUUACACUACCAUGAGAUGAUGGAGACUCUGACAAACAGUGAAACUGUACUGAAGGCCUCAUUGGGUGAAGUUGAGGAGAAACACCAGAAGGCAUUAGAGACCAUCACUCAGCUGGAGCAGGAGAAAUCUAACCUAACAUACCAGGUGAAGACUCUACAAAACACAAUGCAGGACAUGGGGAACCAGCUCUUUUAUACUCAUAUGCAGUGUGAAGAGCUAAAGAAUAAGUGUGAGAAAGAGCAGGAGGCUCAAAGGCUUCUGAAUUUCGAGUACCAAGAGAUGAUGGAGACUCUGACAAACAGUGAAACUGUACUAAAGGCCUCAUUGGCUGAAGCUGAGAAGAAACACCAGAAGGCUGAGAAGAAACACCAGAAGGCUGUGAAGACCAUCACACAGCUUAGGAAGGAAAAAUUUAACCUGAGAGACCAGAUGAAGACUCUCCGAAACACAAUGCAGUACAUGGGGAACCAGCUCUUUUAUACUCAUUUGCAGUGUGAUGAGCUAAAGAAAAAGUGUGAGCGAGUGCAGAAGGCUAAUAGACUUCUGAAGUCUAAGUACCAAGGGAUGAUGGAGACUCUGACAAACAGUGAAACUCUACUGAAGGCCUCGUUGGCUGAAGCUGAGGAGAAACACCAGAAGGCUGAGGAGAAACACCAGAAGGCUGUGGAGACCAUCAAUCAGUUGAAGCAGGCUAAGUCUAACCUGACUGACCAGGUGAAGUCACUGCAGGACACAGUGAAGGAUGGUGAAAACCAGCUCUGUGAUACUCAAUUACAGUGUGAUGAGCUAAAGAAUGAGUGUGAGCAAGAGCAGGAAGCUCACAGGCUUAUGAAGUCUGAAUACCAAGAGAUGAUGGAGACUCUGACAAAAAGUGAAAAGUUACUGAAGGUGUGUGACUUACUCCCACCUUGGACAUCCGUCUUGAGGGGAAAAAAAGGUUGUCGGCUCACGUUGUCCUUUCAACACAGUUUUGUUCAGGAGGAAAGAAAAAUGCAAAUCAACUCAACGAAUCUGCUGAAAUCCGUUGUUGUAGUAAUUCGCUGGCUGGCUCGCCAUCACAGGACACGCGGUGGUUUCUGUUCUUAA